UUAAACUCUUUAUUACAGAAUGUGCAUGGUCUAUCCACUGUUUAUACCGUAUCAUUUUGACAUCCCACGAGUAGCACUUGGCCAUAUUCUAGGUGUACCUGUCACUGGCAAAUCCUUCCAGUACUUUCUAGGACUACAGCUAGCCAGUGGAUCAGCAGAGUCUGUCAUAGUUGCAGUUUGUGGUCUGUUUUGCGGUAUCUUAUGGAGAAACAAUUUUCUGAAAUUACAAACAGCACUGACGAUACCUAAGUUUGUAGCUAGUGUAAGUCAUAGUAUUCUAGGACGGAUACUGGAGUCAAAAGUCCCUCCGGGGGAUACAACUCCCAUGGGAGCGACACUAGAACUUCAACGACAGGAGCAGAUGGAAAAUCUAGAACAACAGAUGAUUUGGCAGGCUGUUCAGCAACAACAACAAGGCCAAAAUCCCAACGUGGCUCAGAAUUUGGUAAAUGGUCCUGGACUGUUUGGAAACCAAAUAGAUAUUGGAGGAUUACGCAACAGAUUAAACAUAGGGGGAGACAAUCCACCAGGACAAGCAGAGCCGAUCUCAGAGGAAAAUGUUCAGCACUUACUUGAUAUGGGAUUUGGUGCCGACAGGGUUCGGGAAGCAUUACAAGCAUCCAACAACAAUGUCAGUGCUGCCACAAAUAUUCUGCUGCAAGAAUCCUAACGAAGGUUAAAAUUUUGCCAAAGUACAUUUGUCUCAUGUUGGGGAGACCUAGCUGCUCAUCAAGCUUUAUUUCUCAUGAUUCAUAAUUUGUUCCAAGGAUGAGUCGUGACUUCUCGGGAGAAUACGUAGCUGCUACUUCACUGAACUCGUAUCUAUGUCAUAACUCGAUUGUUUACCAAGCAUAAUUCUUUUACACUGUUUACCUACAGUUUCCUGUAUAAGACUGGUUGUGUGUUACAAAUGUGAUUAAUAUAACUACAAGGUUCUGACCCAGCUGAAAGAAAAUUAUUGAGGUUUCAAAUUCCUGAGUUCUUUUAAAGUCUUCUUGGUCACCAAACAUAUAAUAGACUUAUCACAAGGAUACAGAGAUGACCUGUCCGACCACAUGGUUUUUCUCUGUGGUCUGUCUGUAUAGUGAGGCUCUACACCCUGGCUAGAAGGACAGAUUUUUAUAAAUCCAUGUAAUUUUGUGUUGAUGCAAAAUACAGUUUACAUUCAGAAAAAGAAACAUUACGCAUAAACAUAAAAAGUUGUGCAAUGACAGUUAACUAGUAUUUAUCUGUGAAGAAGAUCAAUAUAUGGUUUGUACAUGCUAUGUAUUCAUUCCCUUUAAGGUAAAAUUUAUUGAUAUUGAAGUGUAUGAAAUGAAAGUGAUCAUUAAAAGAUGUAGAUGUCUAUAUAUGAUAUGUACAUCUCAUUAAUUUGAUAUGUAUUAACAGUUUUUAUAUAAUCAGUAUAAGUAAUGUCCUAUUUCUUAUUUGGUCAUCUAACCUGACGGGUCAGGAUGACCUAUAGCCAUUGUUUUUGAUCCAUCAUUGUGCACUGUGUAAACUUUUCACUUUUCAAGUUCCAUCCCUGGGAUUCAGUUUACCUUGAAUUACAAUGACAUGAUUCUCACCAAGUGUUGCUAUUUUUCAAGUUGGUCUCAAAUCUAAGAUGCUGUCCUUUUUGAA